AUGUGGACCGACGAUAACGCGACGGAAUUCAUACAGGAGCAUUACCCGCAGAUCGGCGCGCACUACAUCGGUUAUCAGCAGAAUAUCCAACGCGCCAAUAUCCUCCGAUAUGCCCUCCUGCAUCACUUCGGAGGCGUUUACCUUGAUCUCGACGUGACAUGUCGCGCUGCCCUCGACGAACCCGUCGUUACGGGCGGAGCAGCACUAACCGAACUCCCCUGGAUCACCCCCGGUGCGUACCCAGCGGGCGUCAACAACGCUUUCAUUCUCUCUCGACCCAAACAUCCCUUCCUCUCCGAACUCCUCCGUCGUGUCCCUAGCCGCGACCUUUCCUGGCCGAUGCCAUACGUGGAAAACAUGCUCAGCACAGGCUGCAUGUAUUUCUCCAACGUCUGGAUGGCCUACAACCUCGCCACUUUCUCAAGAAGAGCAAAUCGGGGACGAGAAAUCCGUAAGGAGGAUAAGUUAUACAUCCUCGCGGACGAACAGGGAGGGAUGGAAGCGCAUAUGCUCAGGGGAAAGACUGUGAGCCCCCUGUUUGAGCAUGGCGGCGCGAGUAGUUGGCAUGGAUGGGACGCGGCCAUGAUUGUUUUCAUCGGGAAGCAUUAUGGGCUCGUCUUGAUGGCUCUGUCUGCUUUCGUUACGGUGCUCGGCUUUGUCGUUUGGAGAUUCACUUCCAGGAGGCAUACACCGAGAAAGAGGAGAGCCGGUUGGGUUGCGGCGUUCCGCAGAUUCAGUCUCGAUAGGAGAAGUGGUGAGCAUGGGCGGCCGUUGCUGGAUGAGGACGAGGAUUGGGAGAAGAACGGUUGA